AAAAAAACCCACACACCGUCCAGCAACAGAUAGCUCAGACGAGUGGUUGGGAGAACAACGGUGCAUGGUUUAACUGCUGACACAAAGGCAAGACUUUAUCUGGACACGGAAAGGUAGCUGACGACAACAAUGUCUGGCAGAGUGAUUGAUCUGGAAGAGACCGCGACCCAUACAGGUCCGAAGGGCGUCAUCAAUGACUGGAGGAGGUUUAAGUUGGAAAGUAUGGACCGGGAAAAUUUGCAUCCUGCAAAAAAGGAACUUCUGAGGCAAAUGUCAUCCCCCAAUAAAGCAAAAGAUGACUCCAGAGCUAACCUAAACCGCAAGAUGAGUGUCCAAGAGUAUGAACUGCUUAAGGAGGAGGAUGAAGGGUGCCUGAAGAAAUACAGGAGACGAUGCAUGGAAGAGAUGCACAGCAAGCUCAGCUUUGGGCCCAAGUUUGAAGGCGUGCACGACCUGGACAGUGGUGAGGCCUUCCUGGAAGUCAUUGAAAAGGAGCAUCACAGCACCGUGGUGGUUGUCCACAUUUACAAGGUUGGGGUGAAAGGAUGCGAGCAGCUCAACAGCUGCCUGGACUGCUUGGCCACAGAGUACCCCACUGUGAAGUUCUGCAGGAUCGACGCCGUCUCGUCCGGUGCCGCCGAGCGUUUCUCGGAUGAUUAUUUACCAACGCUGCUGGUGUACAAGGCUGGGGAGCUCAUAGGGAACUUCCUGUCCUGCACACAGCACAUGAACGAGGAGUUUUUUGCAACCGACGUCGAAGCUUUCCUCAAUAGUUACGGCCUGCUCCCAGAGAAAGAGCUGCCUGGAGCGGAUGACGAAGAAGAACAUGGUGUAGAGUAAAAAAAGGAGUUUGACUGCUGAGGGGGGGAAAAUAAUCUACUUCAAGAGGUUCAGAAAAGGUCUAAAUGAACCAGUUUAUAUGUAAAAUAUUAAACACGGGUUUUGGCUUUGGCAAAUAGGAUAAUCAUAUAUUUUCCUCUAUAACACUAGCAACGUAUUUCAUGUGUAUUUACAGGUGUUGAGGAAAUGUUGAUAGCUUGGAUAAAGGAGUCGCUAAAUAACUGUGAGAAAACGUUGCAUUCCUCAUCACCAGCCUAAAAAGCCAAAACACUGUAAUGAUAAAUAUGUUUUAUUUUUGCUUUUAGGAUAAUAUAUAUCUUCAAUAUACAUGAUAAGAUCCAUUCAUAGUGUUUUUUUUUUUUUUUAGCAUUUGAGUGUAUCGAUGUGUACUGAAGAAAUUUGGAUAUACUAUACAUCUUUGGAUUUAAGAUAAUAUACACAUGUCCUGUAUAUUUGUUAUAACAGUGUUGUUCUGUUAAAAAUAAAUAAAUGACAAUGAAAACCUUGAAA